UCCGGGCAGCUCGAAACUCCAACACAAAGACCAUCUCUCUCGACAUCUUUUCUUAUUAUUUCAUUCUGUUUACUACCUGAAAUCUUGAAUGAAUGCAACUUUUCGCUUUGAGCGGAAAACUGAGACCGCCAACACCACCUCUCCUUCUCAGUGAAGGUGGCGCUGGAUAGAGAAGGACCACCUCUAACGAAAGCGAGGUGCGAAUUGUGCGCCCCGUAGAAAGAGAGAAAAAGAGAGGUAGAUGGGUCAGGGGCUCAGUUGUGGAGCUUACCAGGAGCAUGGGCUCUUCAGUGCAGUGCAGUUAGGAGACUUGGAAACUGUAAAGGCUUUGUUGGAGGUGGACCCAUCUCUCUUGCACGAAUCAACUGUCUGCGAUCGACAAUCUGCACUUCAUAUUGCUGCUGCCAAUGGUCGGAUCGAGAUUUUAUCUAUGCUUUUGGAGCGAUCUGUGGAUGCAGAUAUGGUGAAUCGUCACAAACAGACUCCACUUAUGUUGGCUGCAAUGCAUGGGAAGAUCUCUUGCGUUAAGAAACUCCUUGAAGUGGGUGCGAACAUAUUGAAGUUCGAUUCACUCCAUGGAAGAACUUGCUUGCAUUAUGCCUCGUAUUACGGUCACUCAGAUUGCCUUCAAGCCAUUCUCUCUGCUGCCCAAUCUAGCCCUGUUGCUGUUUCUUGGGGAUAUGCACGGUUUGUUAAUAUUAGAGAUGGAAAGGGAGCAACACCAUUGCAUUUAGCUGCUCGUCAAAGUCGGUCUGAAUGUGUACAUAUCCUUUUAGACAACGGUGCCCUUACCUGUGCUUCAACUGGUGGAUAUGGCUUUCCGGGAAGCACGCCUCUUCAUUUGGCAGCCAGAGGGGGAUCUCUUGAUUGCAUUAGAGAGUUGCUAGCUUGGGGCGCAGAUCGUCUCCAAAGAGAUGCUUCAGGGAGAAUGCCCUAUGUCGUUGCUCUAAAGCACAAGCAUAGGGCAUGUGCUGCCCUGCUCAAUCCCUUGUCGGCAGAGCCUCUUGUUUGGCCCUCGGCUCUAAAGUUCAUCAGUGAGCUUAAUCAAGAGGCAAAAGCUCUGCUGGAACAUGCCUUGGUGGAGGCAAACAGGGAGAGGGAGAAGAACAUCUUGAAGGGAUCUUCUUAUUUGCUUCCAUCUCCAUCACAUUCUGAUGUUGCAGUAGAUGACAAUAUUUCUGAGGCUAGCGAUAGCGAGCUUUGCUGCAUUUGCUUUGAGCAGGUUUGUAAUAUUGAAGUUCAAGACUGUGGCCACCAAAUGUGUGCUCAGUGCACUCUAACCCUCUGCUGCCACAACAAACCGAAACCCCCAACCUCAUGCCUCACUCCACCAGUUUGCCCAUUUUGUCGAAGCACCAUAGCUCAUCUGGUGGUUGCUAAAAUCAAGAAGCACAAUGAUCCCGAUCCCGUGGCUGUGGACUUGAGUUCAUCUAAAUUAAAGAAGACAAGGAAGUCUUGGAACAUCAGCAGCGAAGAAAGCAGCAGUUUCAAGGGCUUAUCGACAUUAGGUUCAUUUGGAAAGAUGGGAGGUCGUGGCUCAGGAAGGAUUGCAGCUGAAAAUGAAUGGAUUGACAAACCUUGAAUCUCUUUCAUGUGUGUAGAACAGAGAUUCCAAUGGGUCAUCGAUGAUUCCCUUUCGAAAGGUGGGAGGAAAUGUCUUGAUAAAUCAAUGUCGGUGCUGGACCAAGUUGCCAUACGUAGUUAGCUAAUAGCUAUAGGUGUCAUAAUAUAUUUGUUGCAAUCUUCCUUCGCUUGAGAUUGAAGGAGAGCAUUGGUCAUUUUAAAGUUCUGUUUUUGUUAGGUUACCUAAAUUGGUAAGACAAAAAUGAUUUCUCUUCAAUGAUAAUGGAAAACCAGUAUUCUUCAAUGAAGCUGCUACUCAUGUAAUAUUUAUAUAUUUAUUCAUUCGAUUAUAUAUUUUUACGAAUAAAA